UUCGGCUGGGUCCAGGGCGUCAUGAUCCGCUGCAUGCUGAACAUCUGGGGGGUGAUCCUAUACUUGAGACUGCCGUGGAUCACAGGACAGGCCGGCAUUGGACUGACCUGGGUGAUCAUCAUCCUCUCCUCUUGUAUCACCGGCAUCACAGGUCUCUCCACCUCAGCUAUUGCAACCAAUGGCAAGGUCAAAGGAGGAGGGACCUAUUUCCUGAUCUCACGGAGUCUGGGGCCAGAGCUGGGAGGCUCCAUCGGGCUGAUCUUCGCCUUUGCCAACGCUGUGGCUGUGGCCAUGCACACGGUGGGCUUCGCAGAGACUGUACAGGUUCUCAUGCAAGAGAACCAAGCCAGCAUGGUGGAUCCCAUCAAUGACAUACGCAUCAUUGGAGUGAUCACGGUCACAUGUUUGUUGGCCCUCUCCUUGGCCGGCAUGGAAUGGGAGUCAAAGGCCCAGGUCCUGUUCUUCAUGGUCAUCAUAGUGUCGUUUGUUAACUACCUUGUGGGGACCAUAAUUCCUGCUACCACAGAAAAACAGGCCAAGGGAUUCUUCAGCUACCGAGCGGACAUCUUUGCAGAAAACUUUGUUCCCGCCUGGCGUGGGCCAGAUGGCAGCUUCUUCGGAAUGUUCUCCAUCUUCUUCCCCUCAGCCACAGGAAUCCUGGCAGGAGCCAAUAUCUCUGGAGACUUAAAGGAUCCUGCUGUGGCCAUUCCCAGAGGAACUCUGAUGGCCAUAUUCUGGACCACCAUAUCUUACCUCGCCAUAUCGGCUACCAUCGGGUCAUGUGUGGUGCGUGAUGCCUCUGGAUCGAUGAAUGACAGUAUAUCCUUGGGUAGCUCUGAACACUGCGAGGGUCUGGCCUGUACUUAUGGCUGGGAUUUUUCUGAUUGUGCCAACAACCACACCUGUCCCCACGGCCUCAUCAACUACUACCAGGCCAUGAGCUUGGUGUCAGGAUUCGCCCCUCUGAUCACAGCAGGGAUAUUUGGGGCGACACUCUCCUCUGCCCUGGCCUGCCUGGUGUCUGCUCCUAAGGUCUUCCAGUGUCUGUGCAAGGAUAAACUAUACCCUCUCAUCGGCUUCUUUGGGAAAGGUUACGGGAAGAACAAUGAGCCAAUCCGAGGCUACGUCCUGACUUACCUCAUCGCUAUCUGCUUCAUUCUGAUUGCGGAGCUGAACACCAUCGCCCCCAUCAUCUCCAACUUCUUCCUGUGUUCCUACGCCCUCAUCAACUUCAGCUGCUUUCAUGCCUCCAUCACCAACUCACCCGGUUGGCGGCCCUCCUUUAAGUACUACAGUAAGUGGUUGUCGCUGCUGGGCGCAGUGGUUUCCGUGGUGAUCAUGUUCCUGUUGACGUGGUGGGCGGCGCUCAUUGCCAUUGGGAUUGUCAUCUUCCUGCUGGGAUACACCCUGUACAAAAGACCUUCGGUGAACUGGGGCUCGUCGGUGCAGGCCAGCUCCUACAACCUGGCCCUGUCUCACUGUGUCGGUCUGAACAUGGUGGACGACCACAUCAAGAACUACAGGCCCCAGUGUCUGGUUCUCAGCGGGCCCCCCAGCUCUCGCCCCGCCCUGGUGGACUUUGUAGGAACCUUCACCAAGAACCUCAGCCUCAUGAUGUGUGUCAACGUCACGGGAGACCCCUCCAUGAUGGAAGCCGUCAACAGCAGCAGUCAUGUAAACUGGCUGAACCAGCGAAAGAUCAAGUCGUUCUACUGUGGAGUGGUGGCCAGCAACCUCCGCAGUGGUGUUCAGAUGGUUCUACAGGGGGCAGGGCUGGGCAGGAUCAAGCCUAACGUUGUUCUGAUGGGCUUCAAGAGAGACUGGCGCAAAGACACACCUGGAGUCAUGGAUAACUACAUAGGCAUCCUGCAUGAUGCCUUCGAUUUGCAGUAUGGAGUGUGUGUUUUGAGGAUAAGGGAAGGGCUGGACCCUUCUCGACCAAAUCAGUUCCAUGUGAACCCAAGCUUUGAUCUGGGCCCAGAGAGGGUUAGCUCCACAAUGCCUUCUGCAGCUUCAGCCACCUCUACAACAGGCUGUUCCUCCCCUCUUGACGAGCCACAGCCUCACACGGUUUUCCAGGACAGACAGGGAAAGAGGACCAUUGAUGUCUACUGGCUGUCUGACGACGGAGGUCUGACGCUGCUCCUGCCCUACCUGCUGAAGCGUAAGAAGCGCUGGGCCAGUUGUAAGGUGCGAGUGUUUGUGGGCGGAGACUUGCACAAGAAGGAGGAGCAGAGAGAGGAAGUGCUGGGUCUCAUCAAGAAGUUCCGUCUUGGUUUCCAUGAAGUUGAGGUGUUGCCUGAUAUCAACGGCCGACCUGAGCCUGAACACGUUCGCAAGUUUGAGGACCUACUGGCGCCUUACAGGCUGAACACCAAUCAGAAGGAGGGCCAGGCAGAGGAGAGGAGACAGGAGCAGCCGUGGAUGGUGUCAGAGGAGGAGCUCUCCAGGAACAAGGCCAAGUCUCUUCGACAGAUCCGUCUCAACGAGAUUCUACAGGACUAUUCCAGAGAUGCAGCCAUCAUCAUAGUGACCAUGCCCGUGGGGAGGAGGGGACAGUGUCCCAGCGCCCUCUACAUGGCCUGGCUGGAGACCCUGUCCCGUGACCUUAGACCUCCGGUGCUGAUGGUCCGGGGGAACCAGGAAAACGUGCUCACCUUCUACUGCCAGUGACCCCUGAACCUUCACCCCCAUUCCAACCAUCUUAUUCUGCCUGCAACCCCUUUUAAUCUAAUGUUAUGUGAAAUUCUGUUUUUAUUUAACUUUUUCUGUGUGCCACGAACAAUCCCGAAUGUCAAAACAAUCACUGUCUGCCAUUCCGGUGUAUAUUUCAGUAUGCUUGAGAAGCACAAUAAAAAGACCACUUAUUUUAGACCUAAUAAAGAGUUAGUGUUUCUUU